AACUCAUAAUAGGGGCCUCUAUGUCGUUGUCGUUUUUAUCGUCGCUUCGUUCCUAAAUUCACAUUCUUGAAGUAUAUUGAAACGAUGGUGAAAAGUUAUCGAAAACAAAAAAUUUAAAUUAAUAAAGUAUGGUAGCGCUGCAAUGUUUUGCGUUGUUACUUUUGACACUGAAUUUUGAAUUUUGUUAUACUAACGAAAAAUUAAAGAAUGGCGAGUACGGAAUUUUAUUUUUCAAGUUCAAGUGAGGACAAUGAAAUGAACAACAUAAAUAAACAUCGCAGGAGAUUACGGCAUAGCAUAAAUGUACUAACACUUCCAGAUACAAUGUAAGAAAAUGUAUUUGAGUAAAUUAUUUAUAUAUAUACGUACAUGUACAUAUGUGCAUAUUUUUUAGAUUUGUGAACACCUUUAGACUGAACAAAGCUGCGUUUCAAUACGUCCUAGAGCAAAUCCGCCCGAAACUAAAACGCAACACGCGAAAGUCUGCUAUUACGCCAACAAUAAAACUGGCAACUGCUUUGCGUUUUUUUGCGCAGGGGUCAUAUCAGCUUAGCGUUAGAAAUGACUUUAAUUUGUCGUUGACCCAACCCACGGUAAGCAAAAUUUUAUCCGAGGUAUUAGACGCGAUGGAAACUACAAUUUGCAAAAACUGGGUUAAGUUCCAAAUGUCGGAAGAUGAGGAGAUGGAGUGCAAGCGAAGUUUUUUUGAACGAACUGGUUUUCCUGGAAUCAUUGGCUGUGUAGACGGAACGCAUAUUAAAAUAAUUGGUCCCUGCAAAAGCUCUCAACAUUUGUACUACAACAGAAAAGGUUUCUUUAGCGUAAAUGCAAUGAUUAUCUGUGAUCAUAAAAAGCGUAUAAGAUACGUAGACGCCAGACAUCCAGGCUCUGGACACGAUUCCUUAAUACCAGCCGAGUAAAAAGGUUUUUACAGGAAAAA